AUGGAUGGUUUCAUUUCGAACGGCCCAGCGGAAGCGCCGGCUACCAUGCCUCCUCCCGAGCCUUUUGAACGACCUCCCACGCCCCCUCCACCACCUCCAGAGGAUUCCGCCGCUCCCCCUCCCCCCCCAGACACGUCCGCGCCUCCUCCGCCGCCCGAAGAUGCGAUUCCAGCUCCACCUUUAGAGAAGAAGAAGAAGGCAGGAUGGGGCGCCAAACGCGCAGCAGCGACUCCAUUAAGUGUGGAGGAACUCGUACGGAAGAAGAGAGAGGCUGAUGCAGCAGCGGCUAAGCCUAAAUUCCUGUCGAGAGCCGAGCGUGAGAGGCUGGCGUUGGAGAAACGUGCGAAGGAGGUAGACGCAGACCGCCGGUUGAAGACCGAGCGCACCGCCAACGGUGCGGACAGCAGCAGCGCGCAGUCAACACCGGUGUACCCGGAGCGGCCCAACAGCGAUAAACGGGUCAUCCCUACCGGUCCGCGAGCUAUGCGCAACACAGAGGCCCCCGCCCGGUCUGGCCCUGCGGCGACGCGCAACAAGAACUACGAUAUGACGCCCCCCGCGCCGCCCAAGCCGAUGUCGUUCAGUCUUACAGAUUCGAAAGGCGACAGCAAGCGGCAAGCCGAGGAGGACGAGACUGUGGCACAGGUGGCUUUGAUCAAGCAGCGGUACAUGGGGGAGGAGAAGACGUCAAAUUUCUCCGCGAAGAAGAAACGCAAGCGGACGACGGACCGGAAGUUUAAUUUCGAGUGGAACGCCGAGGAGGAUACGAGCGGGGACUAUAACCCGUUGUACCAGCACCGGCACGAAGCCAACUUCUACGGCCGGGGCCGGCUGGCCGGCUUUGGAGACGAUGUGGCGGACUCGCUGGCGAAGAAGUAUGCGCGGGCCUUGGAGGAUCGGGACCAGGAAGCUGGGAGCAUCAGAGCCCGAGAGAUGCUGGAGAUGGAGAAACGGCGGCGGGAGGAGAGCACCCGGAAUCAGCUUGACAAGCACUGGAGCGAGAAAAAACUGGAGCACAUGCGCGAGCGAGACUGGCGUAUCUUCAAGGAAGACUUCAACAUCAGUACCAAGGGUGGGAGCGUGCCGAACCCCAUGCGGUCGUGGGAGGAGUCCGGGCUUCCCAAGCGACUGCUGGAGCUUGUGGAUCGGGUGGGCUACAAAGAGCCAACGCCUAUCCAGCGGGCGGCGAUCCCCAUCGCUCUGCAGUCGCGCGAUCUCAUCGGUGUAGCCGUUACGGGUUCGGGUAAGACGGCGUCCUUCCUGCUUCCCCUCCUGGUAUACAUUGCGGAGCUUCCCCGCAUCGACGAAUUCGAAUGGCGGAAGAACGACGGUCCCUACGCGAUCGUCCUGGCCCCGACCCGUGAACUGGCGCAGCAGAUCGAGAUCGAGGCCAAGAAGUUCACACAGCCACUCGGCUUCAACGUCGUGAGUAUCGUCGGUGGUCACUCGCUCGAAGAGCAAGCCUACAGCCUCCGUAACGGCGCCGAGAUCAUCAUCGCUACGCCCGGCCGUCUCGUCGACUGCAUCGAACGCCGCAUCCUCGUUCUCAGCCAGUGCUGCUACAUCAUCAUGGACGAAGCCGACCGGAUGAUCGACCUCGGCUUCGAAGAACCAGUCAACAAGAUCCUCGACGCUCUCCCCGUGACCAACGAAAAGCCCGACUCCGACGAGGCCGAGAACUCGGCCGCCAUGCGCUCCCACCGCUACCGCCAGACCAUGAUGUACACGGCGACGAUGCCGUCGGCGGUCGAGCGCAUCGCGCGCAAGUACCUGCGGCGGCCCGCGAUCGUGACCAUCGGCAGCGCCGGCGAGGCCGUCGACACGGUCGAGCAGCGCGUCGAGCUGAUCGCCGGCGAGGACAAGCGCAAGAAGCGCCUCGCGGACAUCCUGUCCUCGGGCGAGUUCCGGCCGCCCAUCAUCGUCUUCGUCAACAUCAAGCGCAACUGCGACGCCAUCGCCCGCGAAAUCAAACACAUGGGCUUCUCCUCCGUCACCCUGCACGGAAGCAAGACCCAGGAUCAGCGUGAGGCCGCCCUCGCCUCCGUCCGCAACGGCUCCACCGACGUCCUCGUCGCCACCGACCUCGCUGGCCGUGGUAUCGAUGUCCCCGAUGUCAGUCUCGUCGUCAACUUCAACAUGGCCACCUCCAUCGAGAGCUACACCCAUCGUAUCGGCCGUACCGGCCGUGCCGGGAAGAGCGGUGUGGCCAUCACUUUCCUAGGCAAUGAGGAUGCCGAUGUCAUGUACGACCUCAAGCAAAUGCUCAUGAAAUCGCCUAUCUCGCGGGUCCCCGAGGAGCUGCGCAAGCAUGAGGCCGCGCAGUCCAAGCCGACCCGGGGGUACGCGAAGAAGAGCGACGAGAGCUCCGGGUUCAGGGACAAGGGCGCCUGGCAAUAA